GCUGACAGCUGUUCGUAGCGAAAGUGACACGACGACAGCCGACGACGUUUUUGACGGUGUCUGGGAAUUUGUUGGGUAUUGUGGUGUUUGAGAUUUGUUUUGUUUUUUUUUUUAUUUGCAAUAUGUCGAAUGCCAUUGAUGAACUGCAGGCAAUUAUUGCCGAAUUGAAAACGGAACUAGAUGAGCCAAAAACCAGCACACGCCAUGCACGCGAAAAGAUCGAACGCAUGUCCGCCGAGGUGGUUGAUUCGAAUCCCUACAGCCGCCUGAUGGCGCUGCAGAGAAUGAACAUUGUCAAGGACUAUGAGCGCAUACGGGACAAGGCGGUGGCCAUUGUGGGUGUCGGUGGUGUGGGCAGUGUCACCGCCGAUAUGCUGACGCGCUGUGGCAUUGGCAAGCUGAUACUCUUUGACUAUGACAAGGUGGAGUUGGCCAACAUGAACCGUUUGUUCUUUACACCCGAUCAGGCUGGCCUGUCCAAGGUGGAGGCAGCGGCGCGUACAUUGAGCUUCAUUAAUCCGGAUGUGCACAUCGAGACGCACAACUACAACAUUACGACAGUGGAUAACUUUGACAAGUUCCUGAGCACCAUCUCGGAGUCGGGCAUUCAGCAAGGCGAACCCGUCGACCUGAUACUCAGCUGUGUGGAUAACUUUGAGGCACGUAUGGCAAUCAAUUCGGCCUGCAAUGAGUUAAAUCUCAACUGGUUUGAGUCCGGCGUCUCGGAGAAUGCCGUCUCCGGCCACAUUCAGUUCAUUCGGCCCGGCGACACGGCCUGUUUCGCAUGUGCUCCUCCCCUGGUUGUGGCGGAGAACAUAGACGAGCGUACACUGAAACGUGAGGGCGUCUGUGCCGCCUCCCUGCCCACCACCAUGGGCAUUACGGCGGGUCUCUUGGUCCAAAAUGCGCUCAAGUAUUUGUUGAACUUUGGCGAGGUCUCCGAUUAUCUGGGAUACAAUGCGCUAAACGACUUCUUUCCCAAGAUGACUCUCAAGCCGAACACACAGUGUGACGACCGCCAUUGCCUGCUGCGCCAGAAGGAGUUCCAGGCACGUCCCAAGCCUGUAGUGGAACAGGUGGAGGAAGUAUCCGAUGAGCCACUGCAUGCCACCAACGAUUGGGGCAUUGAACUUGUGGCUGACGACUCACCAGCUGUGGAUGUAGCUACCAAACCAGCAGAUACUACAAAUGUGGCAUCUGGUCUCCGUUUGGCCUACGAGGCGCCCGACAAGCUGGAUGUCGACAUCUCGGCCAAUGCAGCAGUUGGUGAUGGUGUGCCGGAGACGAGCUUGGAGGAUCUCAUGGCCCAGAUGAAGUCCAUGUGAAUUGGCAAAAUAAAUUCCAUACUCUGUUAUUUAAAAUAUAUAUUUACAAUUUUUUUACAACGGA